AUAGAUAGAUACUAGGGCCUAAUCCCAGCUAGCUGGCUCAAUGCAGUAGGUCACAGGUGGCAUUAUGACAUCAUUAUGACAUCACAGACACUAGGUGGUAAUAAAUUGCUGCUGCUGGGAGGUGCGGCUUUGAUAGGUGAAGGAGUCGUUGUCGUCUAAGGACGAAAUUGAGAAGAAUGAUGAAAAUUAUUCUUUUUGCUAUUUUUCUCCUGGUGAGCUUGCUCACCAUGGGGACCCAAGGCCGGCCUAUAUAUCCAUCUGAAGGUAAGGGAGGAUUAUUUCUAGGACUUUCUCUAUUAGUAAGGAUUGAAAAACAAAAUUAAACAGGAUUACAGGCCAAUUAUCAUAGCAGAGCCCUAUGGCUGAUGUGACCGCCCUAUUUAUUAUUAUUUUAAUUACAAAAGUAUAUGUAAUUUCUUUUUAAACAUAUUGCAGUAUUGUACAUGUUACUAUGUUUUAAAUUUGAAAAAAGAAGACUGAACACCCGUCACUUUAUCAGACAGACAAGUGUUAUGUUAUUAUUAUAUAUACACUACACUGUCUCUUAUUUCCUUCUUUACACCGUGUGGGGUAUUUUAGGGAGCGCCAGCUUCCAACACCCCUCUUAUUCUGUAUGUAUUUAUCCCAGCAUUUACCCGCCCUCAUUAUGUGUCGCUGCGAUAUAAGUACCGAUGUAAUUCCUGUUCUGGUAACACUAUCGUAUAAUGUCGCUGCCAGAGCAAAAGCAUCAACAAUGCUUCAUUCCUGUGUCAGGGUUUUCUUUAUUCUGUGUCUAGUAUUUAUAGGAUGUUUUAUUAUUACUACAGAGCAAAUAAUAUAAAUACAAUGUGUAGAUAGAUAUAUAGACAGACAGACAGAUAGAUAGUGAGAGAUAGAAUAAUAGAAAGUCUCUUUGUUUUAACAUAUAAUGUAGCUUUGUGCUGGGCCAUAUAAAACACACUUUAUACACCUAUUGGGCCUAAUCCCAGCUAGCUGGCUCCAUGCAGUAGGUCACAGGUGGCAUUAUGACAUCAUUAUGACAUCACAGACACUAGGUGUUAAGAAAUUGCUGCUGAUAGAUUGAUAUAAAAAUAGAUAGAUAGAUAGAUAGAUAGAUAGAUAGAUAGAUAGAUAGAUAGAUAGAUAGAUAGAUAGAUAGAUACUAGGGCCUAAUCCCAGCUAGCUGGCUCCAUGCAGCAGGUCACAGGUGGCAUUAUGACAUCAUUAUGACAUCACAGACACUAGGUGGUAAUAAAUUGCUGCUGCUGGGAGGUGCGGCUUUGAUAGGUGAAGGAGUCGUUGUCGUCUAAGGACGAAAUUGAGAAGAAUGAUGAAAAUUAUUCUUUUUGCUAUUUUUCUCCUGGUGAGCUUGCUCACCAUGGGGACCCAAGGCCGGCCUAUAUAUCCAUCUGAAGGCUCGGCAGAGGCGCCAUUGGCGCAAGCUUCUCAAUCGAGGAGCUUUAAUUGGCAUCAAGUUACACUGGAUUGGAAAACCGUUGGUACCAACAUCGGUUUCAUUGGACUAGUGAUACUUGCCGGAAUAUGCCUUUGCUGUACUGCAUACUUCCAAACAUUGAAGGAGUGUCUGAGUAAUGCCUUCCACCGGCUGAUUUACGGAGUAGUGCAAGAUGACAUCGAGACACUACUGCAGCAACAUCUACCCCAGCGAGCACACAGAUACCUGGAAUUGGACGAUGAUGAUGAUGAUGAAGAUGAAGAACCCCGUGGAAAACAUCACUACCAUGUGAAACACGAGAUGGGUCAUCAUCAGAGGGACCACCACCAGAAACACCAUGUAGCGGAGCGUCAUAACAUUGUACGCAACGGGAGAAAGGACCCCAGGCAGAUGAAGAAAGAACAAAAACCAUCCAUAAAGAAGAUCUUAAAGAAGCCCAUCCAGAAACUGAAUGUUAAAAAAUUUGUGCCGAAAGCGCCUAAGAUCGUCCAGAAACUGAAGGUGCCCAAAUUCAUCAAAAAAAUGAGGCGCUAAAAGUCACCAUUCAGGAAGGACGGCAUUAACAACCCUGUCCUGUGGUGAUUUUCUGGAUGCUUGGCUGUUUCUGGCUUCAGAGGCUUGAUGGUGCCUAUUACAUUCUCCUGGCCGGUCCUGCCUUGGAUACUGUGGCACUGACCAUCGUGCGCAGACUGCAAACAUCUUGGAGGCCUCCUGCUGGUCUCUCUGUCAUUCCUGGUACUGCCGCUGACACCGCACUCUAGUGCUGAGCUACGUGGAGCUGGUCUCUGCUGUGGCUUCUUAUCCAUUCUGAGUGCUGGUGGUUAACAUCAAAAAUUUGCCUAAAUUAAUAAAGAUCUUCUUGGGCACUUUUGUGUAUUUGUACAUUGAAAACAUAUGCUUUAUUUUAGAGGUAUUGGAAAACAGUACGCAAGGGCAUCAAAGUGAAAUAAUUUAAAUACAUUUAGAUUAUUGUGGAUGUAAUGCAAAAACCACAGUGUUUAUUAGUAAAAUAUAUACAAAGUAUAUUAAACAACAUAAGACAUAUUCAUAAAUACAUGGUCAAGUCACAUUAUUUUGACCACCAGCUAAUAGCCAGAGUAACCGCCGUGUACAGCGCGGAGAGCAGCUAAAUGGCUUGAACUGCCACUUAAGACAGAUGUCUGGUAACCCCUAGGUUAAGUUUGAUUGUGAGCUGCUCCACUGUAGCGUUUCAGUCGGCCCUCAUGCACUUUGCAGCGGACGUUCACCUCUCACAUGAAUGGCAUGUGAUGCUCCAUAGUUUUCACAUCAGUUAUUUGCAAUGGUGCCGUUUGACUAAGAAUCUUUAAUACUUUCUAUGCUAUGAUUUAAAUUUUAGACUUUAGCCCCUGCACCGUCUUAAGUGUCCCGGGUCCCCCAAAUCCUUAAUCCAGCUCCGCGGUGGUUAUAGGCACACCCAAUAGACAUUACUAGGCACACUCAAUAGGCGGUGCUAGACACACCCCUCUGGCAGUGCACACCCUAAUAAAUGUGCUGCAUACGCCCAUGCAGAGAGAUCCCUAUGGCUACAUUCAAUUACAAAUAAGGGUUCUCAUGGCCACUUAUAUGGAUCUACUUGUGAGCACAACACACUAUGUGAACAAGCCCUGGGAUAAAUCUGGACCACCGUAUAAUGGAUUGUUAUAUAACAAAUCCUGCUCCAGAUUUAUCCUUCUUUACACAAUUGCUCACACUGGUAUUGAACCGUAAUUAUAUCUUUCAGCAGAUACUUGGUUGUGGUAUGGGGACGCCUACAGCACCGGCAUAUGCCAGCACAUUUAUGUUCAGGUUAGAGAGUGACUUAUUCUUCGGGGAACAGCGAUUUCGGAGGAACAUUCACUUCUAUAUCCGAUACAUUGAUGACAUAUUCAUCAUUUGGCAGGGCCCAACAGAUUAUUUCAUAGGUAAAAAUAAUUCUUGGGAUCCAAAUAUAAAAUUCACUUUUAACAUCCAGUCCAUACACUUUCUUGAUGUGGCAGUAAUUAAGGAGGGACAGGGGUUUAAAGAUUUUGCCCACUGGUUCAGAAUGAUGAAGACUUGCCACAGACAUGGUAAAAAAAACUAGGGAUUAGAUUGUCCACUAGUCUAAAAAGCCUGGUGAUAACAGUAUAAAUGUCUUGGAUAUACCACAUGUGCAUACAUUGAAACGGGCAACUCUUUUACCCAUGCCCAUACGGGGGAAAAGGAUACCGAUUAGGCACAUCCUUAUCCGCACUAUGAAAUAGGUAGUACAUUUUAUCCGCUGCCCUCACGGCUUAUAUUACAUAGGCAAGACCAGGGCUGGACUGGCUCACAGGGGAAACCCCCGGCGGGCCCUACUCCCUGUGAGCCCACCCCUUCCUCUAUGGAUCAAGCUCAUUAUACAUAUAUUACAGUAUAAUGCACAGGACUAUGGUGUAUUUAAUACAGUGCAUUGCUGUUAUUGAUCUGGUACACUAUCAUGCAUGAAUUAACAGUAUUUACUAUAUAUAUAUAUAUAUAUAUAUAUAUAUAUAUAUUUAUCAAGGGGUCCAGAUCACACACUCACUAAUAGUUAGCCAAGUCUCUAAGCAUGGGCCCCUACCACUGCAUUCCCCCGGUGGGCCCUUCAUGCCCUGGCCUGACACUUGGCAAGACAUCCUGAUAAUUCCACGAGCGUAAGGCGCAGUAUUGCAGCGCCAUUAGAAUGGCUUUAGAAGGAAAAGAGAUUGACCAACCUGUGGCCAAACAGUUUCGAGACAGGAACCAUAAUUUGGCAUCACUGAAGUAUAAAAUCAUAGGUACAGUAUUGUAAGAUAAAAGAGGAGAGAAUAGAGAUAAAGGAUUAUUGAAACGAGAAGCAAUGUGGAUAUAUACUUAAAUAUCAUAUACCCACAUGGUCUGACUCUGAAUGAAUAUCUGCCUUUCAAUUCUUUUAUGUGGUUGUUUCCUGAAGCGCUGGUUUCUUUAUAUUGUUUAACUGUGUAGAUUAGCUGCUGCUUUACAGUUUACAGUUUCUGUGGUGACGGGUGCACAUAAUCUAUAUAGUGAUUUAGGGUUCUAUUUACUAAGUCUU